UUACUCCUCUUCCCUUUAAAUCACAUUCUUCUUUCUUCUGCUCAAUAUAUCUCUCUCUGCUUUACUUCCAUGCCUGAGUUAUCAUUCCUGCAGUGACCACUCUAUCAACCACCUAGCUACUUCAACUCUUCCUUUCAUUACAUUGACAACAUGGGACGACAUUCUUGUUGCUUGAAGCAGAAAUUAAGGAAAGGAUUAUGGUCCCCUGAAGAAGAUGAGAAACUGUUCAAUUACAUUACUAGGUAUGGUGUUGGCUGCUGGAGCUCUGUUCCUAAACUAGCCGGAUUGCAGAGGUGUGGGAAGAGUUGCAGAUUGAGAUGGAUAAAUUACUUGAGACCAGACCUUAAGAGAGGAAUGUUUUCACAACAAGAGGAGGAACUCAUAAUGAGUCUCCAUGAAGUUCUUGGCAACAGGUGGGCACAAAUAGCAGCACAGUUACCAGGAAGAACAGAUAAUGAGAUUAAGAACUUUUGGAAUUCUUAUCUGAAAAAGAAGCUUAUGAAGCAAGGAAUUGAUCCAACAACACACAAGCCACUAAGCGAAUCGGAAGCGAAAGAGACCAAGAAUUGUUGUUCAGACAAGGCAGCUGCUCUGCAAGCACAACCAACUGUAUUAACAAUUACUUGUCAUGAACCAGCAUUUCUUGUCAAUGACACAGCUUGCUAUAAUACUACAGCCUAUGAUCCUGAUUUGUCUUAUUUUGAGUUGGGUUUUGAUCCAAAUGUGUACCAAUCAAGCCUUCCAAAUCAAUUCCAACCAAAUUUCAGGCAAACCCAGCUGGAGACUAAUUCCAACUCUGCUUUCAUCUCAAUGCCAAACUUGACCAGUUUCGACUUCUCGGAGAAUUCGGGUUCUUUCUUGUUCAAUGAAGCAAAGGAAUGUUCAAGCAACAGCUCCAAUAUCAGCAACUACACUGCAUUUCAGAUGGUGGAGAAUGCAGGGAUUUCAUGGGAGAAUGAGAACAAGUUGGAUGUUUUUCAGUUCCAAGCAAAUGGGAUGGUCAAAUCAGAAGAAGAAAUAAUAAUAAAGCAGCAGACCAGCUCACCAUGGCAGGAAGAAGGAUUACAACAGCAUCAUCUUCAUACCCAAAAUUCAGUAGAUUUCAGUAGCUAUCCAUUAACAUCGCUUUCACAGGAUCUAACAGGAGAAAAUCUGGACUUCUACCACCACCAACAGAUUUGAAACUGUAAAAAAAAAUAAAAUCUUUACCCCUUUUUUUUUUCUUUUCUUUUUUUUUUUACUGCAUUUGAUUAAUUUCUUCACAAAUAUAUACACACAGGGACAGUACAGGAAUUGCUGCUGGAAAUUUUUCAUUUUUCUUUGUUGGUUCUUGAUUCCUCAAACAUACAUGUUUCUUUGUUUGUAAUUUGAAAUAAUGUAAUUGCAAUUAUGAGUUUUUUUUGUGGUCUUAAUCUUCAUUAUUAAUGUGUA